AUGUCUUCCUCUUUCUUCUGCUUCUUCUUAUUCUGCUUUCAAGCUUGUCUAAUCCAAAAUGUGUACAGCCAGUGCCUGGGUCGUGUGGGUCCCGGUGGACCUCCUUUAGGUCCAUAUGGCGGACCCCUCGGUGGACCUGGGUACGGCCCUGUCGGGUACGGCGGCUGUGGAGGGUACGGCGGCUCCGGCAUCGGUAACGUGGCCGUGGCUGGCGAGCUCCCCGUGGCCGGCUCCGCCGCUGUAAUGGGACAGGUGCCCGUCAUCGGCGCGGUCGAGUUCGCGGGUCCUGCCUGCGCUGUCGGUUCUGUCUCCAUCUCUGGCGCAUGUGGACCCACCUGCGGAUGCGGCGGCUCUCCAUACUAUUAG